UUUAUCAAACAAAUAAUGUAUCAAGCCUAUAAAACUUUUCCGUGUGUGGAAGUGUAAUAAAGUCCUUCAAGUCAAGAAAACUACUAUGGCAAAGUAAAAUACGUCUCAUUGCCUACAUUAAGUAUCAGUGAACAAAAUCUCUAUAAUCCGAUAUUCCUAACUAAACAUGUCUCUCUAUACUGGUUAUUGCCAAACGUUCGUUCUCAUAUUUGCAUUUGCCUUAGCAUCAAAAUAUUAUUACAAUAAUUAUUAUACGAAGAAUAGGAAACAAACCAAGAAGGAAAUACAUGAGGUUAUCAUGUUCUCACACGGCACAGGAGUUCUUAAAAAAAGCAAAUACUCUAGAUGUAUGAUAACGCAGAGUAUGGAUAGAUUGUUGUUCUACCUGAGCACUCCAAGGUAUUCUUUGGACAUAUGCAUGUAUGUAUUUACUAACUUGGACUUGGCCAACGCUAUCAUUAAGCUACAUUACAAAGGUGUUAAAAUAAGGAUGAUAAUUGAUGCCGACAUGGCCUACUGCAGUGGUUCUAAUGUAAAGAGAUUGGAGAAGCUGGGGGUACCAGUAAGAUGGAUGAAAUCUACAAAUUUGAUGCAUCACAAGUUUUGCCUCAUAGACACACAGUCUGGAGAUGCUGACACAACUUCUUUAUUUAUAGGAGGUUCUUUGAAUUGGACAAAUCAAGCAUUGCAUGGUAAUUGGGAAGAUGUGCUGGUUACAUCACAAGAAGAAAUUGUGUGUCAAUACAAAGCUGAAUAUGAAAGACUAUGGAGUAUGUUUAGGCCAGUGAUAGAUUUACUGUGAUUUAAUAUGAUGAGAUGAGAUACAUGGUUGCAUUUGAAUGAUCAGUCAGUGGCGGUGUUAGUCUAUGCAGCUUCAGAGUAUUAGACACCUCUUGGGAGUUUCAGGAAUUAUUUUCAAUGAAGCAGGGGUGUCCCCACGCUGUGUCUCAUAGGAUCAGGCCCCCAACUGCAUUGCAUAUUUGUGUAAUAAGAAAUGCCUCCACUGAAACAAUUAAAAUGUUAAAUACAUUUUCUUUUUUCU